UAUAAACUGGUUCAAGGAUUAUAAAAACAAUUUUCCUUACGGGGUUGAUAAGGAUAGGAUUCCCUUAAAUCAGUGUUUCAAGAUAAUCCAGUAUCAGAAACCCAAGGGCUUCUGAUUCAGUAGGUUGCAGUCCAGCCCAGGAAAAUUUACGUGUGUCCCAGUGACCCUCUGCCCAGGAGACUCUGAAAACCAAUCUUAAGAUCUCUGACCAGCAUAAUGCUGGAGCGAGCGGCCGGCAGCCGGCAGUGUUCAAAAUGGCCGAGUUGGACGCCAACCUGGAUCACAUCAUCCCAUCUUCUGUUCUUGCCCCUUUCUGGGCUAAGUUAGUAGUGGGAUUUGUUUCCCUCGUGUGUUUCGCACGCAGCUACGAUGGAGAUUUUGUCUUUGAUGACUCUGAAGCUAUUAUCAACAAUAAGGACCUCCGAGCGGAAACGCCCCUUGGGGACCUGUGGCAUCAUGACUUCUGGGGCAGUAGGCUGAGCAGCAACACCAGCCACAAGUCCUACCGCCCUCUGACCAUCCUGACGUUCAGGAUGAACUACUAUUUGUCCGGAGGCUUCUACCCCAUGAGCUUCCACGUGGUCAACAUCCUCCUGCACGGCGGCAUCUCCGUCCUCAUGGUGGACGUCUUCUCCGUGCUGUUUGGUGGCCUGCAGUACAGCAGUAGGGGCCGGCGGCUCAACCUGGCCCCCAGAUCGUCCCUGCUGGCCGCUCUGCUGUUCGCCGCACAUCCAGUGCACACUGAGUGUGUUGCUGGUGUUGUCGGCCGUGCAGACCUGCUGGGUGCCCUGUUCUUUCUGUUAUCUUUCCUUGGCUACUGUAAAGCAUUUAGAGAAACAGGGAACAAGGAGGGAACACAUUCUACGUUCUGGGUGUUGCUGAGCGUCCUCCUGGGAGCGGUGGCCAUGCUGUGCAAAGAGCAAGGCAUCACUGUGCUGGGUUUGAAUGCAGUCUUUGACAUCUUGGUGAUAGGCAAAUUAAAUGUUCUGGAAGUGGUCCAGAAGGUACUACAUAAAGACAAAUCAUUAGAGAACCUUGGCGCUCUCAGGAACGGGGGCCUCCUCUUCAGAAUGACCCUUCUGGCCUCAGGGGGAGCAGGGGUGCUCUACAUGCGCUGGAAGAUCAUGGGCACCGGCCCCCCGGCGUUCACCGAGGUGGACAAUCCCGCCUCCUUCGCUGACAGCAUGCUGGUCAGGGCCAUAAACUAUAAUUACUACUACUCAUUGAAUGCAUGGCUGCUGCUAUGCCCCUGGUGGCUGUGUUUUGAUUGGUCAAUGGGCUGCAUCCCCCUCAUUAAGUCAGCCGGUGACUGGAGAGUAAUUGCGCUGGCAGCGCUGUGGUUCUGUCUAAUUGGCCUAAUAUGCCAAGCCCUGUGCUCCGAAGACAGUCACAAAAGAAGGAUCCUUACGCUGGGCCUGGGAUUUCUCAUUAUCCCGUUUCUUCCUGCGAGUAACUUGUUCUUCCGAGUGGGCUUUGUGGUCGCAGAGAGGGCCCUCUACCUCCCCAGUGCCGGGUACUGCGCGCUGCUGACUUUUGGACUCGGAGCGCUCAGCAAACACGCUAAGAAGAAGAAACUGAUUGCUGCUGUCGUACUGGGCAUUUUAUUCAUCAACGUGCUGAGGUGCAUGAUCCGCAGUGGCGAGUGGCGGAACGAAGAACAGCUUUUCAGAAGCGCCUUGUCUGUGUGUCCCCUCAACGCCAAGGUUCACUACAAUGUUGGCAAAAACCUGGCCGAUAAAGGCAAUCAGACAGCUGCCAUCAGAUAUUACCGGGAAGCUGUGAGAUUAAAUCCCAAGUACGUUCAUGCCAUGAAUAACCUUGGAAAUAUCUUAAAAGAAAGGAAUGAGCUACAGGAAGCCGAAGAGCUGCUGUCUUUGGCUGUGCAAAUACAGCCAGACUUUGCUGCGGCGUGGAUGAACUUGGGCAUAGUGCAGAACAGUCUGAAACGGUUUGAAGCCGCGGAGCAAAGUUACCGGACAGCGAUCAAACACAGACGGAAGUACCCGGAUUGUUACUACAACCUUGGACGUUUGUACGCAGAUCUGAAUCGUCACGUCGAUGCGUUGAAUGCAUGGAGAAACGCCACGGUGCUGAAACCAGAGCACAGUCUGGCCUGGAACAACAUGAUCAUACUCCUGGACAACACAGGUAAUUUAGCGCAGGCUGAAGCAGUUGGAAGAGAGGCCCUGGAAUUAAUACCUAAUGAUCACUCUCUGAUGUUCUCGUUGGCAAACGUGCUGGGGAAGUCCCAGAAAUACAAGGAAUCUGAAGCUUUAUUCCUCAAAGCAAUUAAAGCUCAUCCAAAUGCUGCAAGCUACCAUGGCAACUUGGCUGUGCUUUAUCAUCGUUGGGGACAUCUAGACUUGGCCAAAAAACACUAUGAAAUCUCUCUGCAGCUUGACCCCACCGCGUCAGGAACUAAGGAGAAUUAUGGUCUGUUAAGAAGAAAGCUAGAACAAAAGCAAAAGAAAGACGUCUGAUCGUUUUCCCUUCACUGUUUGUUUGUUUGCUUGUGUGCAUGAGGCAUCCCAUUAAUAUGAGGCGGUUGUGUUUAGCCAUUUAAAAGUCUUACAUGUUGUUUAUUUUAUUGUUUUUUUCCUAUGAAAACAAAGACCUGCAAAAAAAUUAUAGCACCAGCAGUACACUCUUCUCGAAAGCUCCAUGUGGUUUUUGCAUUGAAAUUGUAUUUUUUCAGACGAUUCAAAUGUAAAUUCUAAAAUUCUAAGAACAAAUUUUUUUUAAUUAAAAAGAAAAAAGAGAAAAAAAUUAGAUGGAGCAGAAUAUAGAAUUAAACCUGUAUUUGGGGUGUGAGCCACAUUGUACAGAGACUAACACUAUUAAAUGUCAAUCAUGAACAAAAAAAUCACAAAUGGACUCCUACGGUUUAUAUAAAUAUCGAAUAUGUCUGUAUAUUAGAAUUUUUAUUUAAUGACAAGAAAAAGUAAGUUAAGAUUUUUGUUUCUUUAUCUUUUUUUAACAAUACACUAUGAAUUUCACUUGUGAGGAAAUAUAUUUAUUUGUAUUUUUAUGUUUUAAACAGGGUAAAUAAUUGAAUGAAGAAUGGAAAUUUUAACACCUAGUACACUUACAUACUUUUCCCCCCAUGGGAAGGCACUCACUCCUGCAAUCAUUUUUGGAUUCUCCAGUUGGGGCAGCUUCACGACAUAGGAAAUUAUGUAAUGUCUGCAUUCUGUAUAAGCCGUUAGCAUUAACAGUCAAUUCUAGCCACGCUUUAGGCAGAAGCAGGCAGGCAGCCUGAUGUCUUUGUUUUUGUUAUAUCCAGUAUUAAGAGGGCUCCAUAUCUCUGUAAGCUGCUUUUUUAUGUUUUUGGCUGUAAGGCAGUGUUCCAUUUGGCUUAAUGGAACUACAGUCGUUACUAUAUCCAGAAAAUGCAAGAGAUAAAUUUGGUCUUAAAAAGAGCCACAUUUGGGGAAUUUGUGUUAUUUUUAAGAAUUGAAGUUUUUCUAUUAUAUUUGAUCAACAUAAUCAUUUUUUGCUUUUUUCUUCUGUAUGUGCUGUUGGCCUAAUGAUUUAUGCAAUCUCUGGUAUCUUAUGCAGUAAAAUUAUUAUACAAACUGGUAUAAAAACACAUUGCCUUCUUAACAGGUGAUUUUCAAGUUAGUAAAUUUUGUGUCUUCCUUUCACUUACAAUGAAAUCCAAGUGACCAGUUCA